GAGUAUGACAGAGAAUCAUAUUCAUACCCCCCCUUCAUCAUAAAACAAAACCCACAACACAACACAACUCAACUCCACCCACCAAAAACCAUGUUGGAUUUAAUCUCAUGUUCCAGCCAAUACGCCGUUCAAGUCUCUUCAUCUUCAUCAUGUUCAUCUUACACCCCUUCUUCUUCCUGCAUCCUCCCAAAUCUAACCCCUUCCACCCAAACCACCGUCACUUGUCUCUACAAAACCACCCUCUCCACCACCAACACCCACCACUUCAUCACCGUCACAUGGCACCGCACCCCCACCACCCAAGGCCUCCAGAUCACCUCCGGCGACGACCCCACCCCACCUUUCCGUUUAAACACCCAUUCCGGCCUCUUCCGUAAGAAAAAAGGCGCCAAAUCAUUCCACAUCAAUAAUACUAAAUUCGAUAUUUACUACGAUCUCUCAUCGGCUCAGUACGGCUCCGGAGCCGAGCCGGAACAAGGGUACUAUGUUGUAAUCAUGGUUGACUCCGAACUCGGGUUGUUGAUCGGAGACAUGACGGAGGAACCCACCGUGAAGAAGCUUAAAAUGAGUAAUCAGAUCGGAAAAUUCUGUUUGGUUUCCCGGAAAGAAUACUUUUCCGGCAACACGUUGUAUACAACGAAGGCGCGGUUUUCCGAUGCCGGAAACUGGCAUGAUAUUGUGAUCCGGUGUACCGGAGAAACCGAGGGGUUGAAGUAUCCGGUGCUACAAGUAUCCAUUGACAAACGGGUCGUGAUUCGGGUCAAGAGGUUGCAGUGGAAUUUUAGAGGGAAUCAGACGAUUUUUUUGGAUGGGUUGUUGGUGGAUUUGAUGUGGGAUGUUUAUGAGUGGUUUUUUGGUUUGGAUACCGGGUCUGGGUCUGGGUCUGGGUCUGGAUCCGGGUCGGGUCAUGCAGUGUUUAUGUUUAGAACAAGAAGUGGGUUGGAUAGCAGGUUGUGGUUGGAAGAGAAGAUUGUGAAGAGUGCAGAUGAUAAUGAUGAUAAGAAAGGUUUUUCUUUGUUAGUUUAUGCUACCAAAAGCUGAUUAAUUUUACAUUUUGAUAUUUUGGUUACAUUUUCUUGUGAUUUUUUUGUUAAAUAUAAAUCAUUUUUUUUUUUUUGUUUCAGAUUAAUUGAUUGGUAGUGGAAGUUGUACAUUGUUAUUGAAUAUUGAUUGAGUUUUGCUUGUAGUUU